AUGGUGAGCUGUCGUCUGAAUGGCAAGAGCUUUGAAUUGAGUCUUAGCUUCGAAGAAGCCGCCAAUGGGUGCAAGAAGCGCGUGGACAUACGCUACCUGCGGAAGUGUGGCAAGUGCGGCGGCAAGUCGCAGUUGAUGACGCAUCGUGAUGUCGGGAAGGAGCCAUGCCGACGCUGCAAUGGCGCAGGCAAGGUGACCAAGCGGACGGUGACCUUUACGGCCGAAAAGACAUGUGAACACUGUAAAGGAAAGGGAUUCAUCAACCGCCGCGACUGCGAGCCGUGUGGCAACCGCGGUUUCAUAGCAUCCGGUGUCGAGGUGCUGGUUAAGGUACCGCCUGGAUCUAAGGACGGCGAUGUUAUCACCAUCCAAAACUCGAAUACCCAAGAACGUGUUAAUUAUCGCCAGGUGGUCGAACGCAGCGACUACUUUCGCCGAUAUGGCCUUGAUGUCCAUAGUGACAAGCUGAUAACUAUAUCGCAAGCCAUUUUAGGCGGCAGGUUCACUGUUCGCGGCCUCCACGAGCCUGUGGAAAUACGCGUUGACCCAGGAACGCAGACAAAUAGUGAGAUAAUAAUCAAGAGCAAGGGCAUACGCUGCGAGAAUGGAGUGGGCAACCACGUAGUAACUUUGAAAGUUUACAUACCUACAAAACUUUCAAUGAAGCAGCAAGGGCAUACGCUGCGAGAAUGGAGUGGGCAACCACGUAGUAACUUUGAAAGUUUACAUACCUACAAAACUUUCAAUGAAGCAGCGUCUUCUGAUCCUGAGUUUAGCCAAGGCAGAAGAUCCCAUUUUCGAGCGCAAAACCUAAAAAACAAAUAGCAUAGCGCUUCAAAACUAAUCUUGUUAAAUUUUCUGUUAAAUUACUCUGUCAAUUACUCUGUUAAAUAAUGUUUAAAUUAAGUAUGCAUUUCAAACGACAAA